UUGCCCUCUCUCAAGGUUGGCGGAAGUGAGGAGGCGACCCGCGGCCUCCGCCGAGGGGAUCUACGGGGUCCGGCCUUGAACGCGGACGUCUCAGGGGCCCGGCGCGUGCAUCCCCUGAGAGGUGCCCCUCCCCGCCAGCCUGCCAGCCCUAGCCUGGGGCCACUCCUCUGCCCCACCCCGUCCCCUGGGCACUGCCGGGGGCGGGGCUGCCUCGGUGCCCGCUGGACCUGGUGCGCUCUCCUGAUCUGUAUGCAGCCCCAGACAUGCUCGGCUCCGCAGCCUGGAGAUUUGAUGCGGCCACCGGGGCACCUGUUUUUGAGCGAGGGUAGGUCCAGGAUGGCCAAGAGAGGACAGAUAAAGCUAGAGCAGUGGCCACAGGAACAGAGCAAUCUGGAAAGAUGGCAGCGAGGUGGUGAAGCCUCCUGAUGCAAGGGCAAAGACCCAGGGAUGGCGACAAUGCCACACUCUCCUGGCGUGUACCUCGGGUCCAGGUCUUUUCUCUCCCACAGGCCCCUGUGUCCCAGCCUGAUGCCCCUGGCCACCAGAAGAAAGUAGUGUCAUGGAUAGAUGUGUAUACUCGUGCUACCUGCCAGCCCCGGGAGGUGGUGGUGCCCCUGACUGUGGAGCUCAUGGGCACCGUGGCCAAACAGCUGGUGCCCAGCUGUGUGACCGUGCAGCGCUGUGGUGGCUGCUGCCCUGACGAUGGCCUGGAGUGUGUGCCUACUGGGCAGCACCAAGUCCGGAUGCAGAUCCUCAUGAUCCGGUACCCAAGCAGUCAGCUGGGGGAGAUGUCCCUGGAAGAACACAGCCAGUGUGAAUGCAGACCUAAAAGAAAAAACAGUGCUGUGAAGCCGGACAGGGCUGCCACUCCCCACCACCGUCCCCAGCCCCGCUCUGUUCCGGGCUGGGAUUCUGUCCCCGGAGCACCCUCCCCAGCUGACAUCACCCAUCCUACUCCAGCCCCAGGCCCCUCUGCCCACGCUGCACCCAGCGCCACUGGCGCCCUGACCACCGGACCUGCCGCUGCCGCUGCCGACGCCGCAGCUUCUUCCGUUGCCAAGGGCGGGGCUUAGAGCUCAACCCAGACACCUGCAGGUGCCGGAAACUCCGAAGGUGACAUACGGCUUUUCAGACUCACCGGGAUGACUUGCCUCAAGAGGCCAUACCCUAAUGGGGGAACAGAGAGGAGCCUGGUGAAAACGGCCAAGCCCCCAAGACCUCAGCCCAGGCAGAAGCUGCUCCAGGACCUGUGCCUCUCAGAGGGCUCUCCUGCCAUCCCUUGUCUCCCUGAGGCUGUCAUCUAACUGGACAGAGUUGGAAGAGGAGACUGGGAGGCAGCAAGAGGGGUCAUUUACCAGCUCAGGGGAAAAUGGGGUACUGUCUCAGCUUCUAACCACCCUGGGCAAGUAAGCAUUUUACAACUGGCUCUUCCUCCCCUCACUAAGAAGACCCAAACCUCUGCCUACUGGGAUUUGGGCUUCUGUAUGAGAACUGUGACCCCCAACCCUGAUAAAGGAGAUGGAAAGCA